CACUUGUCUGUGUCUGCAUCCCUGGCUGUAGCAAGUUCUCUCGAUGCAUCAUUUCAGCCGCUGAGAAUAAUAAUAUUGGGUCAUCCUUUUGUAUCCACGAAAUAAAGCCCCAGGAUGUGUGGUAUAUGGGCUUUGUUUGGCAGUGAUGAGUGCCUGUCGGCUCAGUGCACCAGCGCUAUGAAGAUCGCCCACCGGGGCCCCGAUGCCUUUCGCUUUGAGAACAUCAACGGCUUCACUAACUGUUGCUUCGGCUUCCAUCGACUGGCUAUCGUAGACCAGCUGUAUGGCAUGCAGCCCAUCCGCGUCAAGAAGUUCCCCUACCUCUGGCUUGUCUACAACGGAGAGAUCUACAACCACCACACUCUGAAGAAUCAGUUUGAGUUUACUGACUACCAGACCAAAGUAGACGGUGAGAUCCUUCUUCACCUAUACGAGCGCUUCGGCAUUCAGAAGAUGGCAUCCCUAUUGGAUGGAGUGUUCGCCUUCAUCCUCCUGGACACAGCCAAUAGGAAGGUGUUCCUGGGGAGGGAUACGUAUGGCGUGCGGCCCAUGUUCAAACUACUGACCGACGACGGCUUUCUGGCUGUGUGCUCUGAGGCUAAAGGUCUGACUGAUAUCACCCACUCAAUGUCCUCACCUCCUAAGAUCACUCCGUUCCUCCCAGGACACUUUGAGGUGUUUGACCUGAAGCCCACAGGGAAGGUAGAGUCUGUUCAGAUGGACCACUUCCACUGCUGCACCCAGGAGCCCAACCACGCUGCCUAUGACACGGUAGAGAGGCUAUCCUCAGGUUUUGUCCCAGAGACAGUGAAGAGCAACAUCCGGUCUUUGUUUGAGAACGCUGUCCGGAAACGCCUCAUGGCCCACAGGAGGAUUGGAUGUCUUCUCUCAGGUGGUCUGGACUCCAGUCUGGUGGCAGCUACGCUGGUCAAACUGGCCAAAGAAGAGAAGUUGAAAUACCCCAUCCAGACCUUCGCUAUCGGGGCUGAAGAUAGCCCAGACAUCCUGGCUGCUCGCAAGGUGGCGUCCUACAUCGGCAGUGAGCACCACGAGGUGAACUUCACUCCUGAGGAGGGUCUCAAAGCCGUGGAGGAGGUCAUCUUUCACCUAGAGACCUAUGACAUCACCACCAUACGCGCCUCUGUCGGCAUGUACCUAGUGUCAAAGUACAUCCGUGAGAAGACUGACAGUGUGGUGAUCUUCUCUGGGGAAGGCGCUGAUGAGCUGACACAAGGAUACAUCUACUUCCACAAGGCUCCCACUCCCAAGGCGGCAGCAGAGGACAGUGUUCGUCUGAUGAAGGAGCUGUACCUGUUUGACGUGCUAAGAGCAGACCGCACCACCGCUGCACACGGUCUGGAGCUGAGAGUGCCUUUCCUGGACCACAGGUUCACAGCGUACUACCUCUCCCUACCUGAGGAGAUGAGGCAACCUAAGGAUGGAGUGGAGAAGCACCUCCUCAGAGACUCGUUUAAAGGUCUGAACCUGAUCCCAGACGAGAUCCUAUGGAGACGUAAAGAGGCCUUCAGUGACGGAAUGACGUCUGUCAAGAAGUCCUGGUACAACAGCCUGCAGGACCAGAUGGAGUCUGAGGUGAACGACUUCCAGCUGGAGAAGGCUCCUAAAACGUUCCCGUUCCUCCCUCCCAGAACCAAAGAGGCGUACUUCUACCGCCAGGUGUUUGAGAAGCAGUACCCGGGCCAGGCCAAGUGGCUCAGCCACUACUGGAUGCCCCGCUGGAUCAAUGCUACAGACCCCUCAGCCAGAACCCUCUCCAUCUACAAGCCUGACAAGGACCAGUGAUACAGCAACAACAGUGGCUCUUUUCCAAUAUCCUCACUAGCGUAGCACUUAGAAUGAAGCAGUCUAUUGAGCAUGCAUGCAUUCUAAGUAGUAUGCUAGUAUGGAUAUUGAAAUGUAGACCGUGUCAGCUGUCUGUCACUUCUGUCACCAUUACUACACCUCCCCUUCACAACAUACCUAUCUGGAAACUGUCUGUUGCUAUAGUUGUGACGAUUAUGGAAUUUUGGGUAACGAUUAGGCUUACUUGUCAUGCAAAUGGCCACGGUUAUUGUCAUAAUUGUCAUUUUUGUUAAACAUUUUUUGACCUUGUAGUGCUUCAUAAUGCAUCUUUAGCUACGACAUACCUAAUUAGCUAGGACAUACCUAAUUAAUAGAACACAGCUUUGGUGACAUCCCUGUCUCAAAAACGAAUUGAAUUGACCACUUGGAACUUUUGGAAAUUAAGCUUCUCCUCCCAACUGUGCCGUUCCGCUCGUAAAAUGAUUACCAGCUUUACCCACUUCAUGUAAAAAUAUAAAACUGCUAUUGGGUAAACUAUGUCUACUUGAAUAUAAAGUUGAAUCCCCCAUUCUCCUGAAACUUGAAUAUAAAGUUGAAUCCCCGUUUUCCUAAAAUGAAUGUAUUAAGACUAUAAGACAAUUUUUUUGUUCAUGGUUAUUGACCAUAAUUGUCGGUUACACGAUUAUGCGAUAAUUAUGCCAGCUCUAUGCAGGAAUCAUCAAGCUCUAGUACUUGGGACCAGUGUUAAUUACAGUUACAGGGUCAGUACUGAUUUGGGAAACUGCUGUUUCACUAGGAAUAGUUGAUAAUGUUGGAAGACUGGAAAGAUGCUGAAGGCCUCUAACUGGGAUUCAGUAGCACUACUAUAAUGCUUUCAUAGAUUAGAGUACCAUACCGAUACAUGGUGAUUACAUAAUGCAUAUUAUCAUAUGUAAAUUACAUACAUAUUUUAACAGCUUCAGACAUUCGCUAAACCUUAACAUGAUUUUUAACUGUUCCUAAUGUGUGCUGCAGAAUCUGCUUUUUCCUAUCAUUUACAUUAUUGUGAAGUUAGAUGCAUACAGUAUAACAGGUACUAUAAAGAUGUGUUUUUUUAAUACAGCGUCUUACCCAGAAGUUAGAUAUAACCGGUACCGCAAUAGUAUUUUUGCCUCUUACCCAGACAGGAAGCAGGCUGUAAUAGGUUCAAUUCCGUGGUGCAAGACAACGACUUGAUUAUGUCACAGGAGACAAUAGACAGGAUAGCUAUAGGUGUAGAUAGACAUUCUCCUGUUCUCUUCCCAACCUGAUAAAGAGAAGUACCCUAAUUCAACUCAUGUGUCUUUUAAACAUUUUAAAUGUCAGAACAGAGUUAUGAUGAAACUUUUUGAUGCUUUGAUGCCUUGAUCAGUCCCCAAAGUUCUCUUUCUUUGAACAUUUCUUACUGAAAAGGAUAAGGCUCAACAUUCGCUCACCAUUAAAAACGUAUUAUUUUAUUGAAGCAACUAUUAAAAGCUUGACUAUUCGGCCUUCAUCAGAACAUUCAUUUGAACAUGUCUUACUUUUUACUCCACCCCCCGUUGUUGUUUUAAUUUAUCAUACUAUGAUAAUGGACUAUAAUCCAUAAUUCUCACAAACGCUUAAAUAAAGUGUGGGUGCAUGGUG